CCUCGGGGCGAUCCGCCUGGGAGCCGUGGCUUUGCGUCUUCCCCAUAGCGACCCCCGGGGCGGGGGUUCGCGAGGGUUAAAUCUCCACGUUGACGACCACGCUCCCGCGUGAUGCCCGUGGCCCCGCGGUGCCAGUCAUGCCCAGCCUCAGAGCCCGCCCCGAAGAGACAGAGAUGGAGCCCUCAGCUCCCGGGCCAUCCCCAUGGACCCCUGCAGCCUGUGUGAGCGGUGCGCCCACCGUGACCCGCCCGGCGUCUGCACUGUGUGCCCCGCUCUGCUGCGGCAACACCGAGCGGGGAGCUGCCCCCCCGCACCGUCAGCAGCCAGAUCCCAACACCAGGAUUGAGGGCAAGGAGUUUCUUCAGAAGGAAGACAUUUCUGAGGAUUUAGAAUCACAGGCAGAAAUAUCAGAAAACUGCGCCAGUGACGUGUCCUUGGCACCUGAGCUCGGAGAACUCCGUGAUGACGUGUUGGGAGGAGACUGCGCUGUCCCUGAUGACAGGAGGCAGGGGCAGCCCUGCCCAGAGGAGCACUUCACGCCGGCGGCAGUGCCCCUUCACAGCCCCGUAGGAGCGAGCGAGCUGGACUGUGGUGGCUCUGAGAGGAGCUUCAGUCUGAGCCCAGACCCAGUGGCAUGUCAGGGAACCUCUGGGGAAGAGACGCCACAUCUGUACACGUGUGCCCAGAGCUCCCCAAACAGCGCAGAUCCAACCAGCCAUGAGGGGCUCCUCACAGCUGAAAGCACCUUCAUAUGUAAUGAGUGUGGAAAAACCUUCAGCCAGAAUUCAGUUCUUAAAAAUCAUCAGCGGUCUCCUGGGCGUGAGCCCUACCACUGCAGCGAGUGUGGGAAAGCCUCCCGUGUGCACACAGACCUGCUCGGGCCUCAGGUCGCCCACGGUGGAGAGAAGCCUUACAUUUGCAGUGACUGUGGAAAAGCCUUCAGCCAGAACUCGAGCCUUAAGAAGCACCAGAAGUCUCACGUGAGCGCGAAGCCCUACGAAUGCAGCGAGUGUGGGAAGGCUUUUAGGCGGAGCUCCAACCUCAUCCAGCAUCAGAGAAUUCAUUCUGGGGAGAAGCCGUACGUGUGCACUGACUGCGGGAAGGCCUUCAGGCGGAGCUCCAACCUCAUCAAGCACUGCAGGAUCCACACGGGCGAGAAGCCUUUUGAGUGUCCUGAGUGUGGGAAAGCCUUCAGCCAGAGCUCCCACCUGAGGAAGCACCAGCGGGUUCACACUGGGGAGAGGCCUUACGAGUGCAGUGAGUGCGGCAAACCCUUCAGCCGGGUCUCCAACCUCAUUAAGCAUCACCGCGUCCACACGGGAGAGAAGCCCUAUAAAUGCAGUGACUGUGGGAAGGCCUUCAGUCAGAGUUCCAGCCUCAUUCAGCAUCGGAGGAUUCACACGGGAGAGAAGCCUCAUGUGUGUGACGUGUGUGGGAAGGCCUUUAGUUACAGCUCAGUGCUCAGAAAGCACCAGAUAAUCCACACAGGAGAGAAGCCCUAUGAGUGUGGCGUCUGCGGGAAGGCCUUCAGCCACAGCUCAGCCCUCAUUCAGCACCAGGGGGUGCACACAGGCGACAAGCCCUACGAGUGUCGGGAAUGUGGGAAGACGUUUGGCCGCAGCUCCAACCUCAUCCUUCACCAGCGAGUUCACACUGGAGAGAAACCCUAUGAAUGUACCGAAUGUGGGAAAACCUUCAGCCAGAGCUCAACUCUCAUCCAGCAUCAGAGAAUCCACAAUGGAUUGAAACCCCAUGAGUGUAACCAAUGCGGUAAAGCCUUCAAUCGAAGCUCAAACCUCAUCCACCACCAGAAAGUUCACACUGGAGAGAAGCCAUACACGUGCACUGAAUGUGGCAAGGGCUUCAGCCAGAGCUCACACCUCAUUCAGCAUCAGAUCAUCCACACCGGUGAGAGGCCCUACAAGUGCACUGAGUGUGGGAAAUCCUUCAGUCAGCGCUCAGUCCUCAUCCAGCACCAGAGGGUCCACACCGGGGUGAAGCCCUACGACUGCGCUGCGUGCGGGAAGGCCUUCAGCCAGCGCUCAAAGCUGCUCAAGCACCAGCUGACCCACUCCCGGGAGUGAGAGUGGGCGUGGCCCCUCCCUGGCCCCCAGCUUUGCAGCAGAGCUCACUCCCUGCC